GCGUGGCCUGCUGGCGCUGUGGCGUCAUCAACGUGCGCCGCACCCGGAAGAGACGUGGCAGCGGAGGGAUAAUCAGAGCGGCCGGAGCCGAAGGGAGCAGAGCGUCAGCUACUGGAGUGGGUCAACGCAGUCUCCGGCCUUCCGCGCUUUCCACCACAGUACGCACCCGUCGCGACCGGUAUCGCGGAGGAUCGGUCAUGGGACUUUGCAAGUGCCCCAAGAGGAAAGUGACAAACCUGUUUUGCUUCGAACACCGAGUUAACGUCUGCGAGCACUGCCUGGUAGCCAAUCACGCCAAGUGCAUCGUGCAGUCCUACUUGCAGUGGCUACAAGAUAGUGACUACAACCCCAACUGCCGCCUGUGCAACACACCCCUGGCCAGUCGAGAGACGACCCGUCUUGUAUGCUACGAUCUCUUCCACUGGGCUUGCAUCAAUGAACGUGCUGCCCAGCUACCACGAAACACGGCACCUGCAGGCUACCAGUGCCCCAGCUGUAAUGGCCCCAUCUUCCCCUCAGCCAACCUAGCUGGCCCCGUGGCUUCAGCACUGAGAGAGAAGCUAGCCACGGUCAACUGGGCCCGGGCAGGACUGGGCCUCCCUCUGAUCGAUGAGGUGAUAAGCCCAGAGCCUGAGCCUCUCAAUUCCUCAGACUUCUCUGACUGGUCCAGCUUCAAUGCCACCAGCCCCCCUGUGCAAGAGGAGAUAGACAACACCUCUGUUGCUCCAGCUUUCUACAGCCAGGCUCCCCGCCCCUCUUCUUCCCCAGACCAUCCUGAGCAGCACACAGUUAUACACAUGGGCAGUACUGAGGCCCUGACACACGCCCCAAGGAAGGUAUAUGACACACGGGAUGAUGACCGAACAGCAGGACUCCAUGGAGAUUGUGAUGACGAUAAAUACCGUCGCCGGCCUGCUCUGGGCUGGCUGGCCCAACUGCUCAGGAGCAGGGCUGGGUCCCGGAAGCGGCCACUAACUCUGCUCCAGCGGGCAGGGCUCCUGCUCCUCCUAGGGCUGCUGGGCUUCCUGGCACUCCUUGCCCUCAUGUCUCGCCUCGGCCGGGCUGCAGCUGACAGUGAUCCCAAUCUGGACCCACUCAUGAACCCUCACAUCCGUGUAGGUCCUUCCUGAGCCCAUGCUUGUGUCUGGGCCAGCUGAGGACCUAAAGUCCUGGGGAGAGAAGGUCGGGAGGCCUGAGGGCUUUUCUCCACUCCUCUUCCUCAGUCCUGAGACACUAAGAUCCCCUGGACCAAGUCAGUUUGAGGCAGAGGCUACAGUCCAGGUCUGUAGCCCUGUUAGUCAAAUUGGUUUUCACUUGCUUGUCCCUGGGUCUCCAGCCUCCUACUUAACCCUCAAAGGAGCAGACAGGUGCAAAUAAACAACAGACUUUAUUAAAACA